AUGGGAAGCCAGGGAGUGAGCAGCGGCUCUGCUAGCCGCGCCGGGAGUGGAGAGAGCAGCCGAAGCAGCAGCUGCGCGCGAGACACGUCUCCGCCGCGUUCCUCGUUCAGUUCGUCGCGUCUCCGCGCUCAGGCGGAACGCCAGGCUGCGGCGGCCGCGGCACAGGCGGAGGCAGUUGCGUCUUCGUCCUCUUCGUCGACCUCGACACGUGGCGGGGGGAAUGGCUCGUCGCAGUCUGCGGCUCCUCGGCCGACGGCCAGCGCGUCGUCGGGUCGCAGCACGAAGUUUUCCGGGCCCUUUUUCAGUCAAGCGAGCUCUGGAGCGGGCCGGAAGCGGGGCGGCAUGUGGUGUUACAUCUGCCGAGACUCCAUGCAGCGAGGGGAAGAAAACACAGUGGAGUGCACUGCGUGUCCGAAGCGGUUUCACCUGGAGUGCCUCCAGCAGGAGGGCGUGAUUCAGCCGGGCGAGCGGGUUUCACCGGACGACUGGAUGUGUCCCCAGUGUCUCGAGGAACACGAAGAAGACGAGAUCCAGAACGACGAGCGGUGCUUUAUCUGCAAAAGGAAGGAGCCGGAAGACGAGGAGGAAGACCGCCUUCUCAUGUGCGACGGGUGCCCGAACAGCUAUCACAUGCGGUCGUGCCUGAAGCUCACCAUCGAACCCGAUGAAGAAAAGUGGUUUUGCCCCGAAUGCAAUCCCUCGGGAUUCAAACAGGAUGAAAUCCGCCGCCUGGGUCGAGGCCGCGCGGGGGCGAGAGGAUCCGAAGGUCGAGGCGAAAUCGUCAACUCGUCGACGUGCUACGUCUGUCAACGCCCAGGCAAGCUGCUCGGGUGCGACUUCUGCGUCAACAGCUUCCACCCUACGUGUCUCGUGGAUGUGGACUGGGACUCCAUUGGCGAAGAGUGGGAGUGCCCUGUGUGCAAGGGCCGCGAUCCGCUGGCGAAUCAGAUGCACAAAAGGUGGUCGCGAGCAGAAAUUGAGGCCAAGCGCAAGGAGAGAAUCAAGUGUCUCGAGCGCAUCCGUGUCAAGACGACACGGUACCGAAACCGCUUUCUCCUCGUCCACCAGAAGGACCUCGGGCCGUUCGUCAACCAGAAGAUCCUCAACAAUCUGGCGAAGUCGUUCAGAAGUCAAAUGAGCGCAAACGCUGCGGGGAAGCGCCGCCCGCAGGCGCAAGGCGGCCGGCUGCAAGUCGAACGGUCGAUCCAGGAUCUGCUGGAGAGUCUCGAGGACGAGGCUGCAGAGGAGAGUGCCAAGUUCGUCAAGCGCGCGUACCGGGCGUGCCGCCAUCCGAGCGGCCGGAAGAUCGAGGGCGUUCCCUUGCGCGAGGGCAUCUCGCUGAAGCCUCACCAGGAGGAAGGCGUGGAGUGGCUUCUCCGCUCGUUCAUGACGGGAGGCGGCAUUCUCGCGGACGAAAUGGGACUCGGGAAGACCAUCCAGACGCUCUGUUUCCUCUCGUACUUGAACGCGAUGAAGCUGGAAGGCCCGCACCUGAUCGUCGUUCCUCUCUCCACUGUGGGCAACUGGAUGCGAGAAGUUCACCGCUUCACCCCGUCGCUGACUCACAUCAAGAUAUGCGGGUCUCGCGCCGAACGCCAGCACGCGAUGGAAGAUCGCUUGGCGCAGAAGGGACUCUACGACCUGUACAUUACGACGUACGAGACGGUGAAGAGCGAGGAGGAGUUUUUCGUGGAGACGAUCCCGCACUGGCAGUGCAUUGUUCUGGACGAAGCGCACCGCAUCAAGAACGCGUCAGGCGCCAUUCGCCACGCCCUCGACCGCGUCAUCGGCAACAUGCGGCUGCUUCUCACGGGGACGCCUCUCCAGAACAAUGCCGCGGAGCUGUUCACGCUCAUCAACUUCCUCAUGCCGGAUGUUUUCCGAGAUUCUCAGGUGAUUGAGCAGGCCUUUUUAACGAAUCCGCAGGGCGGCGGGUCGGGAGCAAAUGCGUCGAACAAGAAAGACGCGAGCGGACGCGGCGAUGCGGGUCCAAAGAGCCAGAACGGCAAGAAGGCGCCGGUAGUCGAGGUGGAUCAGCUUUUCCGACAGGAAGAUCUGGAGGCGAUUCGCAAUCUUCUCGACCGCGUCAUGCUGAGGAGGUUGAAGGAACAGGCCAUCGCCCUCCCAAAGAAGAUGUACCAUUCUGUCUGGCUGCCUCUCUCUGCACCCGCCGCCUCUUGGUACGAAAGACUUCUGCGAGUUCGGGCGCUGCAAGAAGCAGGCAAAGACAAGUUGAGCACCAGCUCAUAUCGAAAGAUGCUUGGACUCGUCAUCAAAAUGCGGAUCAUCUGUGCCCACCCCAAGGCGCUGUGUGCCCGCGAGAGUCAAAUGCAGCGACUGCAGGCGUUCUUCGUCGAAGAGAACAUGGAAAUGCAGACGGAGGUUAUCGAGGCGGCUCGGGAGGUCCAGCGGAUCGAAGGAGAAGCGCACAUCCUGUGCAGCGCGAAGCUCUCUUUCUUGGACAAACUGAUGCGCCAUCUGCACGAGUUGAACUGCAAGUAUGUUCCUGGUUACGAGAAAGACUACGAAAACCAUCGACGCGAGACAGCGACGUACAAGUUCUACAAACGCCACGAGGAAGUGGUGAAGGAAGAGACGGCAGCAGGGCGUAAGCCUCCGCGUCGCCCAAAGAGAAAUGAACUCGGCGGCAUUGAGGAGUUCCAGAGGUUGCUGCGGGCUGGCCAUCCGCGGCUGGCGGGCGUACCUGCAGUUGAAGAUCCCGACUUUCUGGAAGAAGGCAUGUACCCAGCCGAACUUCAGUUGCCGCAGCCGAUUGAGUCAAGCGCCUCUUCUCUGAGAGGCGUGGACGGAGUGGGUCUGCUGGGUGGGAGACGGGCGAGCGUGGACGAAGACGUGGCUAUGGACGAGCCAGGCGAAGGGAAGGCGCCGAGUUCUUCAGAAGAGGUGGGCACAGAGGGGAAGCGAUGCGCUCCUCAGUUAUCCAAGUCCGGGUUUCUGUCCUCGCGUGGCCCAGGUGACGGCUCUGCAAGUAAACGGAAGGAGAGCGACGAGGAUGAAGACCAAGAGGAGGGCGAUGUCGUGAAGUCCCGAGACGCAGCGCGGAGCAAGAAGAAACGCGGUUUGGUCAUUUUGGACGAUGAGGAGGACGACAUGGGGACUGCGUCGACCUUCUCGUCGUCUUCUCCAGCUCCCUUGCCCUCCUCGCUGACGUCGUCCACCGCAGCCACUUCGCCGGCGGCCGAGGACGCGUCUUCUGGUGCACGGCGAAACAGUUCUUCAGAACAUUCUGACGAAUUGCGGCCACCGCAAACUCCAGCUGAACGCUCUUCCGCUCCAUUGGUGAAAAACGAAGACUUGGGCCCGAACGGGUUGCAGGCGUCGCCGAGAGGACUGUGUGCAUCGCCCGGGAACAGGGACGAGGCUCUUUCAACCGCCUACUGCACUAGCACCCCGUCAAGCACGAAAGACAACGGAAGAAGAAGCGGGCGCAGCAGCGAUGGGGCCCAGCCAGUGUGUCCACUGAAGAAGGAAGGUGGCGAGCAAAAUGGCGGAGCGAAGAAGGAAGUCGCGAAGGAAGAGAAGGAAGAGGCCUUGAUGGCCGCCGGGGCGAAGGAGGCAAAACCAGAGGAGACAGAACCCAAGGGAGAGGGGGCGGAGACGGACGGAAAGGGAGGGACGGGAGAUGAAGCAGCAAAUGGAAAUGACAAACAAGAAUUUGUCAUUGACCGGACACAGCCUAAAGCCCAGCGACUGCUUGUCUUCACGCAGUUUCAACUCGUCCUGGACGAACUGGAAGCGUACUGCCACUACCGCGGCUGGAAAUACCUAAGAUUGGAUGGCUCGACAAACAAGUUUGUACGCGAGCUCGACAUCCGCGACUUCAACUCCGAGAAUAGCACGUACUUCGUCUACCUCAUCAGCACGCGAGCGGGCGGUCUAGGAAUCAACCUGACGGCGGCCAACCAUGUCGUUCUCUACGACCAUGACUGGAAUCCGUUCAUCGAUCUCCAAGCCAUUGACAGAGCCCAUCGUAUCGGACAGCAAAGGGCAGUCCACGUGUGGAGUCUCGUCAAUGAGUGGACGGUCGAGGAACGCAUGGCUUUCCGACGCGAACAGAAACUGCGCUUAGACAAACUUCUCGUCCAAAAUCAGCAUGAAGAAGCCCUGGAGGACGAAGAUGAAGAACAGCAAAAAGGAGGGGAUAAAAUCUCGACCGAUGAGAUUCGAAAGCUUAUGCUGCAUGGCCGAAAGGCGAUUGUGGAAGUGGCAGCGAAGAAUCCCGUCAGUAUCGCAGAGUGCUCGCUGGAGGAGUUGACGGAGCGGCAGCGUCUGCCUCUUCCGGAGCUAACGGACGGCGCAGGCAGCGCGGUCGGAGACGGUUCUCUUUUAGACUCCAGUCGGAUAACGACAAACGAGGACGGUGAAGAGGAUGAAUUAGGAAGUCGCGAUGAAGAAAACAUGGUAGAUAUCGAUGAGGUGAUGAAUGAAGAAGCGGAAGAGCAAAACAAGCAGGCUCAGCUCGUCGACUCGGCAGACACCGUUCUGCCUGAUGCAGGGAAUGUGGAAAUGGGUGGCUCUAGUGGAGGCCCGCGAGACGGUGCAGAAGAAGGUUGCUCGAAGACCACAAGCGAGAAUGAAUGUGGCUCGGCGCGAGAGAGCGAGAGAGCGAGGGAGGGAGACGACGGAAGGACACCUGCAGGCGAACAAAGUGCACAGAGUCCGGCCGAGGGGCGCGACGCUGGAGAACACGAUGCCUCUCGCGGACCCGGCGUAGGACGAACCAAGGGAAAACUCGAAAACGAGUUGCAAAGAGCUGGUGUCUUGUGGCGAUCAGAAAGAGAAAGAAAGAAGCCCAUCGCGGUGUAUGUACCCCAGGAAUUCGGCCAACGGGAGGAGAGAAAGAAGAUCAAGCACGAGCAGAAGUGCUUCCUGUGUGGCAAUGGGAAGGACUUUGAACACUCGAGCGUGGACGCAGAUGGCAACACAACUAAGGCGUCGCUGGGAGAGUUAGUCUACUGCAGCGGAUGCCCACGGGCUUAUCAUCGCGUAUGCGAAGGUCUACCCCGGGACGUGAAGAAGAGCUGGAGAUGCCGGUGGCACGAGUGCUGUCUCUGCUUCCGGAAAACGUCUCAGUGCGGGAACAUGCUCAUCCACUGCGCGAAGUGUCCGACAUCGUUUUGCUAUGAUUGCUUUCCUCCCGACUAUUGCCGGCACAACGUCAGCGAAGAGUAUUACUCUUAUCUCCGUCAGAGAGGAAUGAAUGUAACGCCUCAAAAUUGGAUUCUUCUGCUUUGUUCUCGGUGCAAAGCUGUUGAAGAGCAGCAGACGAGAAGAAGGCUGACGAAGGAAGAGAAGGAGCAAGAAAAACUCCAGCAGAAGGAGUUGCGUCAACAACAAAAAGAACUUCAUCACGACCUGGAUGCGUCCAAGAGGAAGCAGGAAAAUCAGCAAAGACGGCAGGAAUGCAAGCAGCGUGCAGAGGAAGAGAGACAGUUCCAGGAAGCGAAGCAGCAGAUCGAUUCUCAAGAUGCGAAACAAGAAGAAGAGCUUCGUCAAGCGUACCAGCACCUCUUCCCCGCUGCGUUUACCGAAGAACUUCAGAAACGUGUUUCUGCAGCCAAGUCGGCUCAGAAAGCGAGUCGCGACGCGUCUGUGGCGGUCCAGGCACAAGUCGCCGCAGUAGCUGCUGCUGCGGCGGCCGCAGUCUCUGCUGUUUCGGCGGCAGCUAGUGGAGCCCAGCUAGCGGUGUCGGGAAGUGUGGAGGACCAGCAGCAGAGGAGUCUCCAAGCGGCCGCGGCAGCGGCUCAACAGGCAGCCGCAAAUGCGAAGAAGGCGCAGCAACAGACGAAGAGACCGGUGAAUCAGUUGGCGAACAUGAAGCUUCCAGGAGCGUCGAUUUCUCUGUGUGAAAAUUGUCACUUCCCGUGCCACGGAGUGCGCGACUACCCCGCGCCGUGCUGCUUCCCUGCCGAGGUCCAGUCACGCUUUUUCGUUCGCUGUUCUCCAGGCGGAACGAUGAAGGCAGGGGCUUGUUUCUCGCCCGUCGGUGAGAACUCGAAACUCAGUCAGUCUCACAGUGGCAAUGAUUCGGACCAAGGCUCUGCCCUGUCUGCGUCUCCAGAGGCUCUCCAACAACUCCGAGAGGGCGAGGAGGAAGGUAGCACAAGUCAGGGGCAAGACCGGAAGAAAGACGAGGACGACGGAGCAGAGGCCGUGACAGGGGACAGCCAUCAGCCCUCUCCAUCGGACCGAGAGAACGGCGCGGGAAGUGCCUCGCCAGGCGCCUCUCCGGGGUCUGCAGGAAGGGGAAGAGGGGGAGGAACGGGAACGCCUAUGAGUCCUGAGGUCCCCGCUGCCCUAGCUGAAAAGCUGGGUCUCUCCGUUGAGGCACUCGCCAAUGGCGUCGAUGCGACAACGGCGGCGCAGAUCACUGCUGCUGGCGGCGGCCCAGACCAAUACGACGAACGACGAGAAAAGAUGCAGCAACUGAUUCAAAGGCUCGCGCAGCAUCCGCCUAUUCCAGAUACAUCGAACGUCAACGGUUAUGCAGGCGCUUCCCCGCAGAGGCUCAAAUGGUACUUCCAGCAGUAUCAGCAACAAGCCGAUCGCGUUGUUGAAGAGACGAUGAUUGCCUUGGGUCUUCAAGCAGCGGUGACGCCACGGGCAUCUGGGCAUCGCCGGUCGGCAGGGGGCGGAACUGUUGUUUCAAGUAGUUUAACUGCGGGUGGUUUCUCGCGGACUCCAGGAACUGCGUCUCAGCUAAUGCUCCAGCAGCAAGAAGGCGGUUUGCCUGUGGUAGAAGGGGCAACGGCAACCAGCCGAAAAAGAAACGCCGAGUCAGGCAAUAAUGUAACACCGGGUGGACCAGGUGCGAAGAAACAACCAGUAGUUCGACGUCCCAGUGGCAGUCCAAAGAGCGUCGGACGAGAGUCCUCGGCUGGCGGAAGUGAUGCAGAAGCUGUGGGCGCAGGCCGCAUCAACUCGUCUUCUGGAGGAGGGAAAGGCAGUCGCUCUCAGGCUGGAAAGGGAGGGGGUGGCGAAGGCAAGGUAAGAGGAAACAAGCUUCCAACCGCAAACCCGUGGAGCACUAGUCUUCAGCCCACGACGAGCAACAGCCACACUUUGACAAACGCCAUCAAAGACGGGGGACUAACACCGAAGACUCUCCUCAAAGGCGUUGCCAGUGCUGCUCAAUCUGGAUACAGUGGAGGGUGCACCACAAAUGCUUCCUUCUCUGGCCCAGGGUUCAAACGGUCUCUUGGCGAGGUGGGGAAAACCAGCCGAUCAGGUGGAGACGUGACGGGAACUGGAGGAAGCACAGAUAGUAGCCCGAGCAGUGGUGCGCCCCCACAGAAACGGCGAAAGCCAGCAUCUCCGAAGGGAGUUACGGGAACUGAGUCAGGAACAACUGGCGGGAAACGAGGAGCUGAAGGAUCAUCUUCGCUUCUGUCUAGUGCUGCGACUAGCACGCCGAGCAGCGGAAAUACCGGGGGAACGGGUUUGAAUGUCGUCGCCCCCGCCAAACAACAGCAGUCGAUACUAGAGUUCUUUUGUGCUCGAAAUACAAAAGGCGGGGGAAGCACAACCGGAGCUGGGGGCCCAGUGGCCGUCCUCGCUGUUCUUGCUGCCGCCAAGCAACGUGCAGGGGGGGGCGGCGUCGCCUCUGGGACAGGAGGCAAGGUUGUCUCAUAA